AUGACCUCAAAAGAGAGGUAUUUGGGAUCUCCACUUAUUCUUGGGAAUUCUAAACAAGAAGCUUUCAAGUCUAUUGAAGAUAAUUUCAAUAACAGGUUGUCUACUUGGUCUUCUACUUCUCUCUCUCAAUCAGGUAGAUCUACAAUGAUCAAGCAUGUUCUUAAUUCUCUACCUGUUUAUCAAAUGAGAUCUUUCAAGUUACCUGAUCAUCUCAUGAAGAAAUUAACAACCAUUCAAAGAAAGUUUUUUUGGGGUCACUCUUCCAAUAGAGGUUUUAAUCUUGUCUCUUAUUCCAAACUUUGGAAGUCAAAGGAUCAUGUGGGCCUUGCUUUCAGAGACAUGGAAAAACUUAACCUGGCUUUACUCACUAAACUGUCUUGGAGGGUUUGCACUAAAGAGGAUCAACUUUGUACUCAAAUUUUAGGGAGUAAAUACUUCAAAUAUGGUAAUAUUCUUCAUCGCAGAAUUGAAGCUAUAAAUUUCUCUUACAUGUGUAAUGGCAUCACCAAAGGCCUUAAAAUCAUUCAAAAUAACUACUUCAUGGAAGUUAACAAUGGUAGGAAAACUAAUAUAUGGAAGGACAAGUGGGUUCCAAGGUUGAAUCAUCCUCCCAUCCCUUUGAAUGAUAUGCACAGGUUCUAUGAAAGUGUGGAUGAGUUAAUCAACUCAGAUACAAAUUCUUGGAAUGUGGACCUCUUAAAUACUUUAUUUGAUGCUAUUACUUCUAGUCAAAUUUAG